AUUGUAUAGGGCAAUUAUUUCAUUGGGCCGAAAGGGUGAGGAUACAGUAUUGAGAAGAAUAAUUUUCUGUGAUCGGAAAUGAAUGGCGGCGACGGAGUUGAGGCGGACGACCAGAAGGCGCCGCUGCUUCCGACGCACAGCUCGCGGAGCUACGGUUCCUGUGCGAGCUCAAUUUUCACGUUGAAGAAUUUCUGCAUCCUGCUAGGACCGCUGCUCUGCGCCGUCGUGUGCCUGACGGUAAAGUUCGACGGAGGCAGCGGAGGUACCAGCCGGAACAUGCUGGGGGUGCUGGCCUGGAUGUUCGCGUGGUGGCUGACGGAGGCGGUGCCUAUGCCGAUAACCUCCAUGUCGCCUCUAUUCCUCUUCCCGCUCUUCGGAAUUGCGACGGCCGAUGACGUGGCGCAUUCGUACAUGGACGACGUGAUUUCGCUGGUGCUCGGGAGCUUCAUCCUCGCGCUCGCCGUGGAGCAUUACAACAUACACAGGAGAUUAGCUCUCAAUAUAACCCUUCUAUUCUGCGGCGAGCCGUUGAACCCGCCCCUUCUCCUACUGGGAAUCUGCGCCACGACGGCGUUCGUCAGCAUGUGGAUGCACAACGUGGCGGCGGCGGUGAUGAUGAUGCCUGUGGCGACCGGAAUACUGCAGCGGCUGCCGUCGGGACCCGAGCAGCCAUGGCUCGUCUCCAAGUACUGCAAGGCAGUGGUGCUUGGGGUCAUCUACUCCGCCGCAAUUGGGGGUAUGAGCACCCUCACAGGGACAGGUGUCAACCUGAUAUUAGUCGGGAUGUGGAAGAAUUACUUCCCUGAUGCAAAUCCCAUCAGCUUCAACACCUGGUUCUUCUUCGGCUUCCCACUUGCCGUCGUCAUCUUCAUUGCUCUGUGGGGCAUUCUCUGUUUGCUCUACUGUAGAAAGGGCUCCAGCCAGGCCCUCUCAGCUUAUCUGGACAAGGCUCAUUUAAGAAGAGAGCUUGAUUUGCUUGGUCCAAUGGCUUUUGCAGAGAAGAUGGUUCUUGCUAUUUUUUCGGUUUUGAUAGUGCUAUGGAUGACAAGGAACCUGACAGAUGACACCCCUGGUUGGGGCUCUCUGUUCAAUGGCCGUGCUGGCGAUGGAACUGCCAGCGUGAUGAUGGCAACUUUACUGUUCAUAAUCCCAAACAAGAAGCAGCCAGGGGAGAAGCUCAUGGACUGGAACAAGUGCAAGAAGCUCCCCUGGAACAUUGUCCUCCUGCUAGGCGCUGGAUUCGCCAUUGCCGACGGGUUCCGGACGAGCGGCCUGGCGGAUGUGCUGUCGAAAAUGCUAGACUUCCUCGAGGAUGCGCCGUAUUGGGCCAUCGCCCCUGCGGUGUGCCUCAUCGGCAGCAUCAUAACAGAAUUCACUUCCAACAAUUCCACCACGACGCUUCUGAUUCCCCUAUUGAUUCAAGUUGCGGACACGAUGAAAUUGCACCCGCUGCUGCUCAUGAUCCCCGGCUCGAUCGGGGCGCAGUUCGCGUUCCUGCUCCCGACCGGGACGCCUUCGAACAUUGUCGGAUUCACCACAGGGCAUAUUGAGAUCAAUGAUAUGUUGAUCGCGGGGACUCCUUUGAAGAUUGCUGGCAUUCUUGCCUUGUCCAUUUUGAUGCCCACACUUGGGGCCUAUGUAUUUGGAACAGAUAAAGGAGUUGCGGAUUUUUCCAAGAGUUUAAAAUUUUAACAAAAAUGGGAUCUUCAAUUAUCUUCCACCACUGCUCCUUUUUUUUGAAUAAAUAUUAUUGUAUAUUUGUAUUUGCAUUGAAAUUGAAAUUGCAAGUUUGAUGAAUCCUGUAAAUUACUCUGAAGAUAUUACACACAACCAGAACAGUGGUGUGUUUUUGUGUCUACAAAUUAGCUUCUAAACUA